AUGUCUAUAUUUCCUAUAGAUCCAGUGAAUAACCAAUUGCCAAGAGUUAUCCAAGAACCUUCUGUGUGGGAAGUAUGGGAGGGCAAGGCCGCUCGUCUUCCAUGUGUAGCCCAUGGCCAUCCACCUCCGCAAUACUAUUGGUUCAGAGAUAAUGGAGGACAGCUUACCUACAUUGAUAAUCACCGGAAAUCAAACAUAGUGGACGGAACUCUAAUUAUCCAUAAGGUGACAGCCGCUGACAGUGGAAAAUAUGUAUGUUUCGCUAAUAACAGUGUGGGAGAAGAUAAAGUGGACAGACUUCUGAGAAUACGAGUGCCUUUAAAAGUAGAAGUAGUGACAACAAAAAGAGUGGUACGAUCAGGAGAAGAGGUCUCCCUUAACUGCAGCAUGUCCACGGCGCCUAAAUCAGUGGUCUGGGUUAAAGACCAAAGAAGAAUUGUGCCUGACCACAGAAUACGAAGGAUAAGUGCAACACAUUUAAAAAUAUUAGUCUUUCAAAGAGAAGAUAGUGGAAUAUAUCAGUGUUACGUCUACAAUGAUUGGGAAUCUGCACAAGCACACGUACAAUUGGACCUCAAAGAGGAAAUGCCUACCUUCAUAAGGAUUUUUCCCGAUCAAAUCCAUAUGCCGGGACAAAUAGUAUCACUCCACUGCUCAGCUAGUGGCUCACCCCUCCCUCAGAUUUCUUGGUUUCUGGAUGGCGAACAGUUAUCUGAAUCCCGACGUGUGAAGACUGGUGAUUAUGUUCCCAUGGAUGGUUCCGUUGUCAGCUACGUAAAUAUCACAGAUUUAGCAGUAUCUGAUGGAGGUCUUUAUGGAUGCGAAGCCCAAAAUGAUGUCGGAAUGGUCAGCCAUUCAGCUAGAAUCGAUGUUUUCGGACCUCCAUACAUCAGACCAAUGGGAAACCUUACAGUUGUAGCUGGCACUACAGUUACCAUUCGAUGCCCUGUUUCAGGGUACCCUAUCGAUAGGACGUAUGUGGAGAAAAGUGGAAGCAAGCUACCGUACGGUGAUCGUCAGUCCGUUGACCAGAGAGGAACAGUACGCAUUCAUAGUGUCAGGAAAGAGGAUGAAGGAAUUUAUAAAUGCGUUGCUACGAAUGGUAGAGGAGAAAAAGCAGAAAGGCCUCUUGUUCUGAAAGUUGUGACCGCUCCUCUUAUCAGCCCUUUCAGCUUUUCUGAUAGUCUCGAAGAAGGGAUGAGGAGUUCGAUUAUCUGUUCUGUAAUAGCCGGCGAUCCUCCUAUAUCACUUACUUGGUAUCGAAACGGUCGUCUACUGAAAGAAACCUCCCCCGACAUCCAAAUUGUACCCAUCACUGACUUCGUUUCCUCCCUCAUCAUUAAUCAUGUUUCGAGGCAUCACAGUGGAAACUACACGUGUUUUGCUUCGAACAGCGCUGCUGCCACCAAUUAUACAGCUACCAUGGUUGUGAAAGCACCUCCGGUAUGGGUGAUUAAACCAAGCGAUCAAUCAGCUUUAGAAGGAAUGUCGGUAACCUUCGAUUGUCAAGCGGAGGGUCAGCCGAGGCCGGUGGUCAGGUGGAAAUUCGGCAAAGACAUCAACAGUAGUUCUGCUGAUUCUCAUCUUGAGGACCUGCCCAUUUUUCACCAAACUGUUCUUUGA